GCCCGGGACCUUUUCCUGGUCUCCUGGACCUGUGGGGUAUAGGAGGACAGUUGGUGGAGUACCGAGCAGCUCUGUUGGCUUCUCAUGGAAUCGCCUCCAUGACCAUUGAUUACAUGACCUGUAAAUUUACCAUGGAAACUGGGAAACAUGUGGGCAACGACUACUUUGAGACGGCCUACAGAGUCCUGUCCCAGCAUCCUCAGGUCCUCAGCAGCAGAAUCGCCAUGUUGGGUCUGUCAAUGGGCACCAGUAUCACCCUGAGAAUGGCCGUCGAUUCCAAAGUUAUAAAGCUCAGGUGUGCUGUUUGUAUCAGUGGAAGUCAUGUUCAACCACCAGAUGGCUCUUUAGGAGGAAUAAUCAGCUACUUCGUCAAAAACGGUGGGAAGGUCAGAAAUGAGAACAAUGCGAUCAUCUCGCGUGAUCUUCUACUGCCCAUCCCCUCUGACCCCACAUACAAAGUGGAGAUGGGACGACUCCAGUGUCCACUGUUACUGAUUGUUGGUGAAGACGAUCAGAACUGGUGUACCUACGAGUCUGCAAUGGAUAUGAAGGAAAUGAUGGAGCGAGCGGGGAACAGCCACCUGCUGACUCUCCUGUUCUACCCAAAUGCAGGUCACCUGAUUGAACCACCAUACUCGCCACACGCCCGAGCUAGUCUCUUUAAAGGUCUCGGGACAGGUCAGAAAUUUAUGGUGUUGUGGGGGGGACAGACUCUGGAACAUUCUCGAGCUCAGGAGGACUCCUGGAAGAAGAUGUUGGUCUUUCUGAAGGAGAAUUUGUACGGCGGCACAAAACUUGGUGCAACCUCACUAUCCCAGCUUUAAUUAUCAAGAUGACUGAUGAUUGUGGAAGUUAAACUGUUUUGUUUUGCUUUUCUAAAGUCAAUAUGAUUUGAUUGUCAAAAGUACUUAUCUUAUGUCACUUAUGUCAAAAGCACUGACUGAAUCAACUGAAAGCAACGUUUAUAAAAGACCAAAAAUUAAAGACACAUUUUUUAUGGACCAAA